AUGUACAGUGUGGAAGAUCUCUUAAUUUCUCAUGGAUACAAAUUGUCACGAAAACUCUCAGGACCACGUGAGGAUAACUAUGAGGGCCAUCAGCCUGAGAUGACGAGGACUAGAGCUGGCCAUGGGAUGUUGAAUGGGUAUGAGAAUGAUCCUGCAGCCUUUGUACAGAGUAAGAAAUUGCUGGGGAAAGGAUGCGUGAGUGACUCCGAGAACCGCCGAGGCACCCCUCGAAGCCAUGGGGAGCCCCAGAGUUCUGCUUUUAGAACUUCAGAGGUGGGAUUUUAUAAUCAGCCACCAUUGGUGUGGUCCUCUCAGCUGCAGACUGUGAAAGACCAAGCCUAUCAGAGAAGAAGGGGACAGGAGUACAGUGGCUUGCUGGUUUCAAGGGACCGAGAGGACCUGGAGGUCAGAGGAUUGGCCCAAGCUCACAGUCGGCCUGUUCACUUGAGGGAGGGCCCAUGGGACAUCGGAGCAAGGACAGAGAAUGUGACGAAAAAGGCCAUUUUGGAAGAAGAGCUGAGGAUGUCGGGCGCUGCCAAGUGGCAGAAUGUAAACCAGGAAAGCUGGAACCAGCCGAGGAAGUUGGGGAGGCAGAUGUCUGAUGGUGGUGGGGAGAAAACGUUUCAAGAUCUAUACCCACUCAUUGCAGGAGAACACAUAUUGAAUCCUCAAAACAAAGGGAAAUCCCAGUCGUUGCCUAAAGUUCUUUCCCCUGAAAGCCUAAGUUGCAUGGAAAUGCCCAUUUCGCUAAAUGAUGGACAUUUACCACAGAUUCCUAAGAUGCCACUUUAUCCUCCAAAUUGUGCACCAAAUUUGGAAUCCACAAGGAACACUGAGAAGAGUGGCUUCGUUGUUCCUUUACCACAGCCUAAGUUUGGGAGACCCCUCAAGCCUCCAUCUUAUGAGCUACACCAACAGUCCAGGGGAGGAGUCGAAAACACCGAGUACCAGGACAGCCAGCCAACAGACGACUUGUAUGUUCCCUAUCUGACCAAAACCAGUGACCCCAGGCAGGAACACUGUGGGUCAGACUCUAGUUUGGAGCCUCCAGUCUAUGUGCCUCCGCCAUCAUAUCAUUCGCCCUCCCCACACAUCACAAACCCGUACUUGGAAGAUUCAACUCCCAGAUAUGUGUGUGGGGGUCGCAGUCAGCAGCAGCCCCCCACUGAGAAGACCAGUGCCAGUUGCCAGCGUUCUGCUGGGUCCCUGGGAACUGGGAAUGAAUACAAUGCAAGCCCACACUCUCCUCAUGGGCUUCCCCAACACCCCUGUUCCGCCACCACUCACAACAGCUCUGUUCAGUACAUUCCUUUUGAUGAUCCACGUAUUCGACAUAUUAAACUAACUCAUCCCCAAGGUUUCAGUGAUGAAACCCAGCUUUAUGAUAAGUUAUACAGCACUGGGCCUGCUGCUCCCCAAGAGCCAGCUCAUAGGAAAAUGCAACCUGGUGGUGCCUUUUUAAAUGCACACAGCAUGACACCCAUGGCUGGGAAUGAGCAGGCCCCUGCCACUUCUGAUCCCAGCCCCCAGUGGCUGCUGAGCCGGGUCCCCAGGGAUGGAGAACCCAGUGACAUUGUUGACCAAAGAGACAACUGUGCCGUGAGAGGACAGCGACCUGAUGUGAAAGGCGCCCAACGCGGACACUCCGAAGGCCACGCUUCUUCCCUAAACCCACAGGCCGAGAGUACCUGUGAAACCAUAACCAAGCUCAAAAAGUUUGAAACUGGGCUCCAGACCAAGAAAAGUUCAAAGACAAAAAAGAACGAGACUGUGUUUUGCUUGGUUUCCAUCCCAGUUAAAUCUGAAUCACAUCUGCCAGAGAUAGAUAGGAACAACAAUGACUUAAAGCAGAGUGCUGAUAAAAAGAAUGGGCUUGAUAAGAGCCCAGGGUUGCAAGAACAAAGUCUGCUGAGCAUGUCUUCCACCGACCUGGAGCUGCAGGCACUCACAGGAAGCAUAGGCAGCAGAGCAGAGCUACAAAAACAAAAUCUGAGGGAAACAGAAGACAAACAAACAAAUGAUCUAAGAUUCAUUCACCCUGCAAGACACAGGGAGCUCAAAUACUCUGGCUCUUGUCCAGGGCACCAGUUUAGAGACCAGCAAACGCAGACUAGCUUCACUGAAGAAUCCAAAAUCUCACAGCUCCUCCCUAAUGGGAAGCCAGGAGGCUCAGGUGAUUCAGUGCUGACUCCUGAUCACUCAGACCCCACUGCCUCUGGUGCUCCGAUGCACACAACUUUAGCUCCCAGUGACCAAAAGCAGGGGGCAAAUGCUCAUUAUUUAAAAGGUCAAAUGUAUCUCAGCCCCUCAAGCAACAGCGCUUUCUCAAGGACGUCCUCAGGCAUGAGUCAGGCCCCUGCACCCAAAGCAUGCCAGAGUCAGUCUCACAAGGAUGUCCACGGACACAGAGCCAACCCUCCAGCCAAGGACGAGGUAGCGAAGGGGGAACCAACUAGUCCAUGCAACAGUCAACAGCUGUUUGGUCAGUUUCUGUUAAAACCUGUGAGCCGUCGUCCCUGGGAUUUAAUAAGUCAGUUAGAAAAUUUUAACAAGGAGCUUCAAGAACAGAAAGAGAGCAGUCAUAGCAGCAGUGAAGGUAGCAGUGAAGGAAGUGAGGCAGACGGGCAACAGGAUAACUAUACGGACUCCAGAUGGAAUAAUUCUGGAUUCAAUGGCUACAGCCAGGCAGUGAGAAGUGAGCAACAGCCAAGGAUCCUGGUACCAGAGGAUCCUGGAUUUAGGUCAGAAAGAGUGAAGAGUAAGUCUGAAAGCUGGAAUGAGGAGCAGAAGGCUGGACCUCCAGCCCUGGGCAUCCUGCAGGCAGAAGAUAGCAGAGGGGAAUUGUUCAGGUCGGCAGAUGGAAACUGGAUCACAGAGAAGAGAAACCAGGAGGUUGGAACUAGAAGAAGCAAGCCAGCAGUCAGCCCAGGUCCUAUGAAAAGAAUGAUGGCAUUUAGAUUAAGUGACACAGAACCAGCCCCUGAACUCUACCCAGCUGAGCCAAGGAAGCCACAGGAAAGGCAGGCAUUUGCCAAUGAUAUCAGUUCUGUGGAACCAAGCAGAAUGGUCACUCCAGAGGCUGAGAGUGAAGAAGAGAGGGAGACAGCGUUUCCACUCAAUCUUUCUAACAAAAACCGAGGACUCUCGGCACCAGAUUUACGGUCUGUGGGGCUUCAUACGGGUCAAGAGAAGAGAGCAAACCAGUUAGAUGGCUCUUUCGAGAAAGCAAGUGCAAUAGAAAUCCCCCCAAAUGAGUCCCUUCAAGAGAGGGCUGAACGGAUUCUGGGCAUCGAGGUUGCCGUGGAGUCCCUCCUGCGGGCCAGCAGGAGAGCAGGACAUAAUCAGCACCCUGAAUCCAAUGAAAGUGCCUUCAGGAUGGAUUCACCCAGGGAAGAACCCCUGACCAGCUCAGCUCAGCCAGAUGGCCCCACAGCAUCAAAAGAUGCCUUUUAUGGCCGAAGAAAGUGUGGCUGGACUGAAAGCCCUCUCUUUGUAGGGGAGAGAGACAUGACUAGAUGGACUCCCCACGUGUCUGCCCACUCAGGUACGGAUGGGGCCAUCACCUGUGACGCCUCCAGCCCUGAGCCGCAGCCCAACUCACUGGAUCCCAAGUCCUUGGAUCAAAAGAACUCAGAGACAAAACCACCCUUCAGAUCCACUUUGUUCCAUUUUAUCGAGAGGAGCCCAAGUGUGGCAGGCUCAGAAAAAAGGUACAGAAGCACUUCCAAAGUGAUUGAAUGUUUACAAGAGAAACUAGCCUCCCCACUGAGGAGAGCAGACCCUGACCGCUUAAUGAGAAUGAGAGAGGUGGACUCUGUGUCCCGGAUGAGGCUUCUGAGCUCCAGGAGCACGGAUUCCAUGGAGGAGCCUGAGGAACUGAAGAUGGAGAGAGGCCAGGGGGAGCAGCCAAGAGCCUUUGUGUCUCUGAAUGGCAGGGACCUGCCACGGAGAGUGGCUUCCAUCCCGACGGGCAUCAUCUCUUUGGAAGAAAACAGGCAUCUGGCAGCACAGAGUGCAAGGAAGAAAAGUGAUCAAGACUUCUGGUGCCCAGAUUCGUAUGAUCCUAGCCGAGUGGAAAGGGUGUGA